AAUAUUUAGUUGUGAGGCUGAGCUGGGUGCCAGGAGCACACACAGCUAUUUCCUCGUGUCUCCAUCCCCAUGGAGCUGGGGCUGACGGCACAGCCUGGGUUUCUCCUUUAGGAUCUGGGACUGAGGGUUGGGGUGCUCUGACCUCAGGCAUUCAUUUCAUGCUCCAAGGACUUUAUUUGGUGUCCACCAUGCACAUUCCUUAUGGCAGCAGCUCCUUAGUCCCAUGCAGGACACCAGGAAGGGAUGUGGUGACGAGCUCCAGACAGCCUCGUUUGAAGUUCCUUGUCCAAAACCACAGAGGACUUUUUUCAGGUCUGUGUUUCACUGCCUCAGUGCAAAGAUCUUUGUUCACCUUAGGGAAGGCACACACUGAAGAGAGAGGGAAAAUCCACAGCCAUGGGUAAAAGCAACUCGGUGACUCAACUUUUGCCAUGAGAUUUGUAGCAGAGUCUUCCAGCAGAAGGGAGUGUGGUGACUUGGAAAUGCAGAAUAAUCCAUUUCCUUACUGAGGUAUUGAGACUGGAAAAAUUAACCUGAGUUGUUUCUCUCAGGGUCACAAACAGGUAGGAGAAAAUCCUAUAAAACACCCAUACAGAGCUCCCCGCAUUGCAGGAGAAGUCUUCAGCCCAGGAAAGAGAGGAGAGACAGAACAGGGGGAGAACCUUGAGUUUUCCCAAAGAAGGGAGCAAGGAGAGUUGGUUUGCCUCUUUUCAUAACACCAGUGCUGAGGGCCAAGUGAAUUCACCACUUGGUAAAUUCAUUUUGGUUCCAAAUGAGCCAAAAAGAGCAGUUUUGAGGCACAGCCUGUAGUUGAACUGUCAGUCUCCUACAAGGUGCCAAAAAGUGCCAAAACCCCAGUUUAAACAGUUCCUCAGUGGCAGCCCAGUUCUGGAAACCUCUCAGACUCAGAAAGCCAGUGAAGGAAUAUUGGAGGAGAGUUGGUGUGUGCUUGUCCUGCUCCUUGAGGAGCAGGAAUUGCUCCUGAUGGCUGCCAGACCAAAUUUUGGGAUAGAAGUGCUGCUCACCUGGCUGUUCCUCUUGUAAGGUUCACACCUGCUUCAUUCAAGGCAUUGUAACCAAGCUCUGCUCUCUGCAGGUGUGAAUUCCGUGUUGGGUUGGGGUUUAUCUGUGGGAUUUGUGCCUUGAAUUCCACCUUUCUCCUUCCAGAUGCAGCACAGGGAGCUCAUUAACUCUGCCUUUCCAACGUGCCCCCAGAAGGCCAAUUUCAUUUGGGCUGAACCAACAGAUCAGUGGAAAAUCAUUAAAGAGCUGCUUGUUCUUGAAGGAGGCAGCGAGUCCCUGAUUUGCAAGGUUGCCCAGGGCAGUGACAUUUUAAAGCUGGGGUUAACAAGAGGUUAAAGCUCUCACCUUGCAGAUAAUUUCAUUCUUAAAAGGGAUCUGAGAGAGCCAAUUCCAGGCACUUUUUUUUUUUCAAUGGUAAGAAGGUGUGUUCACUUGAGUUUCCUUAAUGAGCGGUUGGUGUUCAGAUCCCAGACAUCUCCCUCCGAGCUAUUCCGUGCCCUUUGCUCCCUUGCAGUUAUUUAACACCAAUUAUUAAUAUUUGUGGGUAAUCUUGACUCACUGUGACAGUGCUGGUGCUUUCCUACACCUACAAAACUCCGGCAUCUUUGAUAAACCUUCACAUCUAAUUGCUGGUCUGUUCAGAGCUGACUCUGAUGCUCAGCAAGUGACCUCUCUGCAGCUGCCAAGAUGGUAAUAAACGUCUGUCUCCCACAGUUCAAGCCAAGAAUUCACUGCAACAAGAUCUCUGCCGAUGGCUACGAGGUGGAGAACCUGAUCUCCGAAGACCUCGCCAGGAGGAACCGCGGCUUCCGCAGCGAGUACUUCAUCAAACCCCCGGUGCACGUCACCAUCUCCUUCCCCUUCAACAUCGAGAUCUGCAGGAUCAACAUCGACAUCUCCUCCGGAGGGUACCAGACCUUCUCCGGCCUGGAAGUUUACACCUCUACCUCAUGCAACAAAACCUCUUGGCAGAGCCCUGAGGGGCAGUGCUCAGGUCUGGCCGGGCAGCCUGUGUCGGACAAGGACACCUUCACCCUGGUGGGCAAAGCUGUCUUAAAAAAUCAGAGCAAAGUGACUUUUGGCCACAGAGGCUUCAAGCCAAGGCCUCCCUUCCAUCAGAUGGAAAAUGUCUUCUCCUACCCUGGCUCGGUGUCUCAAGAUCUCUGGAACAAAGGGCCGGCCUCACUCAGCAAUGUGUCCCACCUAAAAAUCUGCAUCACCCACGUGGCCAGCGGGGGCCUGCCCAGCAUCAAGAGGCUGGAGGUGUGGGGACAACCUGCCAAGUCCUGCCCACAGGAGGUGAUCGAGGGCGUCUUCCAGGUGGCCUCCCAGUUCCUGGCCCAGGACGUCGGCAGCCUCAAGCCAGAGCUCUGGACGCCGAUGGAGAGCGACUGCGUCCCCUUCAGUGCCAACGAGCAGCAGACCCUGCACAAGCUGGUGGAUGUCGUCCAAGACAUCCCUGAAGAAUUCCUGGACCCCAUCACUCUGGAGAUCAUGACUUUACCCAUGCUCCUGCCCUCUGGGAAGGUGAUUGACCAGACCACCCUGGAAAAAUGCAACCGGAGCGAGGCGUCUUGGGGCCGGGUUCCCAGCGAUCCCUUCACGGGGGUGGCCUUCAGCCAGCACUCGCAGCCCCUACCUCACCCCACCCUCAAGGCCAGGAUAGACCACUUCCUGCUGCAGCACAGCAUCCCUGGCACCAACCUGCUGGGGAGGGCUCACGCCUCGGAGAGCCUGGUGCCCUCCUCCAUCACCAUGUCUUCUCUGAAAAGGAAAAUGGACUGCAUGGAUCAGGGCUCCCUGCAGCCGCCCUAUUUUUCUGCUACAAACUUACUUGUCACGGCUACCUCAGAGAACAGUGCUAAAAAAAUGAAAACUGACAGUGACUUCCCCUUGAUCCAGAUGGACUGUUCCACAGACCUGGUGUCCCACGAGCAGAAGCUGUCGGAGAGCCUGGACACUGCCCUGACCUCGGCUCUCAGCUCCAUGCCCUCCUUCACGGCCAAGCUGAUGAAGAGCCAGCAGCAGGCUCCAGGAGAGGGCGGCUGCAGCAGUUCCUGGAGCGUGGGCACAGUCCUUGAGCACGGCAGGAGCAGCCAGACUCAGGGAUGUGCUUCCUGUGGCAAAUCCUUCUCCUGCUACUUCAAGGCGGAGCCCGUGUACCAGCUCCCCUGCGGGCACCUCGUGUGCCGGCCCUGCCUGGCCGAGCGCCAGAAGGCUCCGGCCUCGCCCAUCCACUGCGGGAGCUGCAAGAGGGCGGCGGCCACGCACGACGUCAGGAGGGUUCACUUCUGACCCCCCAGGCUGCCGGGAGGACGAGGAGGAGCUGCUGCUGUGCCCCGUGUCCGCACGGAUCCGCCGGAGGAGCUGCCAAGCCGCCGGGAGGAGAGCCGGAGAGCGGAGAGGACUCGGUCUUGUGCUUACAGAGCAGGGGGGGUGGGGGGUUAGAGAGCGGCCCGGAGCCUGAGGAUGACAAAAGCCAUAGCUUCUUUAUCAAGGAAUAUGUAUUUAUCCAGGACUGGUCUCCAGCACCGCCCCGGGGCUCAGAGGUUUAGCACAGGUGCCUUUCGGACCAGCUCAGCUUCCCCGCGAGUUCACGCCACGUUUGACCAGCAGCCACCCGGUUGUGGAGCAGGUAAAGUCCUUGUGAGUGACAACACACACAAAGUCCCCUCUCACUUCCUCCCCUUGCCCACCUCACCCUCCCCUCGUCCUGCUGGGAGCGUGUCCCUCGUCCUGGAAUCGACAGCGAGAGGCCGUGGUUGAGGAGUGAGGAGCUGGCAGUGAUCUCACCCUGCUCAUCCAGAAUCUUGUAGAAAAGCCAUCCCAUCCCACCCUCUUGGUUGAUGUCGUGUGACCGGCCCAGCUCCUGGCUGGCUGAUAGACAUUUAAGCCUUAAUAAAAUGUUUAAAGUCAA